AUUGGCUCUUUAUAUCCAACUUUGAGAAUUCUCUUUCCAUCCCUCUAUUUUUGGUUUCUAUAACAUGGCCAAUACAGUACUUAUCAAAGCUCUCCCUACCUUCUUCUUCUUCUUCAGCUUCUUUAUUCAAACCAAGCAAGAUAGCCCAUGUCCUUAUCCAUGUUACCCACCACCAACAGGUCCCGGAGGAGGAGGAAGCAGCGGCGGAGGUGGCAUAGUCACUCAAACACCUCCGGCUAGUUAUUCACCGCCUUCGCAAUCAGGAGCGGUAUACCCUCCACCUACAGGGAACUUACCAUAUUACACACAACCACCACCUUAUGGUGGCAGUUCUUUCUACGGUCAGCCACCUCCUGACCCUAUCUUGCCUUAUUUCCCAUUCUACUAUAGAAGACCUCCACACCGAACAGAUGAUCAGACAUCGGGAACAGCGGUUAGACCAGGGAAAUCAAGGUUCAUCAUCACUGCUACCUCCAAUUUUCUUGUAUUUAUCAUUCUAGUUAUUAUUUUCUAGUUUAGGGAAUUACUAGCUUCUCUAAAAGUAAAAAAGAACAGUUUUUGUGUAAGUAUUUAAUAUCAAACCAGGGUUAUGGGAGUAACUAGAAAAGGAAUCAGGAUGGUUUGGAAACAACGAGGAGUCCAGGUAGUACACGCACUUCUUCCCCCCCCCCCCCCCAACUCUUUUGUUUAGUAAAGAUGAGAUGAUUUUAAGUACGUUUUAUAGUUAAUUAAAUGCCUCGCCUAUUUCGGUUUGA